AUGUUUUAAACAAAGAAGUCGAAUAUAAAAUUUACUAUUGAUAAGCAAUUCUAUGCAUCCAUCUAAAAAAAUGUAACUGAAAAUAAACCUGUUUAAGUAUGUCCCUCUAAGUUUCCUGCGAAGAGUUAACAAAUAGAUAAAACCGCAAAUCCAAAGCUAAGGACAAAGCAAUCAGAACCUAUUUUAAAAUAAAUUCCAUCACUCAUUAAUCAAAGAAAAAUAAGCGAUAAUUAACAACUUCCAAAUUCUGCAGAAUAGACAAAAUGUUAUGAUGGCAAUUCUUAGCUGAUAUAAUAAUUAAUCUAAGAAAAUAUGAAACUAAAAAAAUAAAACUUAGCCAAAGAUUCAAUCAUUAAUUAAUUGAUAACAAAUAAUGACACAUAAAAAGUUAAUUUGUGUAGAGCAAGCACAUCCCAGACUGAAAGAAAUGCCCAUAAAUUGCUUAAGCAGUAGAACAAUCAGAAGACUGCGCGUAAGAGUAUGGAAGAGCUAUCCUCAUUAGGAUUUACAUUUUGUAAUACAGAGCAAAAAAAUUAUUAAAAAGAAUGUGAAUAAUUCUCUAUUAAAUCUUCAAAAAGUCCUGUUAAAUUUCCAAAAGAAUUUUAGAUAAUACCAAAUCAAAAGAAGUUUUUUGUGUGA